AUGGUCGGCAUAGCUUUACUUGGAGCCGGGAUCUUUGCGAGAGAACAACACUUGCCGGCUAUUGAGGCCGUUGGACACCUCAAUCUCAAAGCCGUUUACUCACGAUCUCAGGAAGCGGCAAUAUCGCUUGCGAAACAAGCCCGGGAUAAGGUUGACAUCUACUUCGAUAACCCACCCACAAGUGGAAGGUCACUCGACGAUCUCCUCGCAAGGUCUGACAUAGCUGCAGUGUCAGCAUGUGCUACCAUUCUAGUCCAGCCCCAACUUAUCAGAAGAGCUCUGGGAGCCGGAAAGCAUGUGCUGAGUGAGAAGCCGAUAGCACAGGACACUGAAACUGCUAUGGAUCUUGUCCAAUGGUACAAUUCUCAGUCCAGUCCUCCCAUAUGGGCCGUUGCUGAAAAUUUCCGGUUCAAUGAGAGCCUGAGGUAUGCCGAGAUGAAGACCCGAGAAAUGGGGGGAGAGCUUUUAUCAUUCCGCCUGAGCUACUAUGGAUUAGUCAAAAAGGAAAAUAAAUACUUCAAGACAGAAUGGCGCAAGGCUCCGGAAUUCCAAGGCGGAUUCCUUCUUGAUAGCGGAAUUCACUUUAUUGCCAGCCUUCGCCUUCUUCUCGGUGCCAUUGGGCAAGAGGCUAAGGAGGUUCUGGGCUUAUCCAGUCUGCUUGAGGAGCAUCUUCAUCCUGUUGAUACCAUUCACGCUAUCGUCACCACCACUGGUUCUCGACACGGAACAGUUUGCAUAUCCUUUGGGGUAGAACACAAAUCAACUCUAGAGAUCGAAAUUAUCAGUACUCAAGGGGUCAUUGUUUGGACACCCGUGAGUGUCAAGUCAAUCAUCAAAUCAGAUUCUGGGGAGUCAAUGAAUGAGACAAAAGAAUUCAUCUACAACAAUGGUGUCAAGUCAGAAUUUGAGGCCUUCGGUCAAGCCAUAUUGGGAGGUUGCUCAGACACGCGUCAGAGGCCCUUGGAAGCCCUUAAUGAUCUUGCUUUUUUACAGGGUCUGUUGGAAUCUGCAGGAUGUAAUGGCUUGAUGAAGGUUGUCAAUCAAAGUGAGGAUCAGGUCACACAUUCCUAG